AACGCACUCAGCUGUUCUCUCCUUCUUUUUCGAGUACGAGACGCCAUAAACUGGACCAUGGCUGUCCGUCCAUCUUCUGUAAGCCUGUGAUUGAGAAUCCCCGAGACUCGUCCAAGCCACCAUGCGUCUGAGAUUCUGGACACGACCGGAUCGAAUCACCUUUGCAGCCUUUUUUCUUCAAGUCUGACCAGACAAAACUUCCAGUAGCAUGGUUCCCGGUCUAGUCCACGCCAGCAAACACGUCAGUCCAAUGUUGGCAGCUCCAGCUCAGCUGAAGCCGAGCUGAGGUCCCUCACAAGGGGCAGGCUGGGAAAUGCAGCAAUACGAGAUCUGAACCCCGCAUCGCAGGGGAUGUCCCUGUCAUGCAAUCCCAAUGUCCUGGGUGUUGGACAGUCAAUACUACCCAUACCAUGUACUGUGGUAGUAAUACGAGGCUCGGCGGAACAGUCAUCUUUGAUUUGUGGUUUCUGCCUCUUGCUGACGUGCAAGCUGAGGGCUGGAUACGAAGGGGAGAACUUGAAAUAGCUUUCAUUUCCCACCCCCUCUCCCUCUCCCAGGUUACAAAAUGCCUCCAGGAGCUGGCUUGGAUUUCUGGAUCCAGGUAGGUAUCUGAAGCAUCAGACCGCGACAGCCAGCAAUUAACGACGACGGGCACUGGUGAACUGAGUCGAGACUGAUUCAACUUCAACCCGAACCCGAAGAGUCAAGAUUCCUGGAAUAAGAAGGGCAUCGGGACUCACUGCACAUUGAAUAUAACCCCUUCCCCAGAAAGAAGAAGAAGAAGUCGUCGAUAGGUUGUUACUUCUGCGCCAGCUGAAUCACUCAUACCAUCAUAUAUCUCACACGGCCUUGGCAACAACGAUAACAUCAAUCGACGAAUCUACAUAAGAUGGCAUCGAGUCCGACUCCGACCAUCCUGGACUAUCUCAAGGGGUAUAUCCUCCCACUUCCAUUUUUCAUGGGGAGUUUAUUCUAUUUCAUCCUCACAUUCCUCCUCGCUCCAACCCUCCCAUUCCGCAAUUUCCAAUCCUACAAAGAACGCGCCUUCGCCCGCCUCUGGACUUGCUUCGGCCCCCUCUGCGCCCGCGACACACCACCAUCCCUAUUUCCCCUAUUGUCUCAAAGCAAAGGCCUUAUUCUCGACGUUGGGCCCGGCACCGGCGAACAAAUUCACCGAUUCACACACCCCGAAAACAUUGUGGCGAUCUACGGCGUCGAGCCGGGCAUCAGCAUGCAUGAGCAACUGAAGGCGGCGGCGAAAAGGGCGGGCUUUGAACCGGACGAAAAGUAUCGUGUUUUGGGGUGUACGGCUGAUUUGGAUUCCAUUGUGCCGGCUUUGAUGAAGGAUGGAUUGUUGGACAUGGACGAAGGCCAUCGCUCGGAACGCAGUCCAGAUCUCGAUCGAAAACUGCAGUUGUUUGAUGAAAUCGUCUGUCUCCGCGUCCUCUGCGGUGUGCCUGACCAGCGUGCCACGGUGGCCGAUGUAUACACCCUGCUCAAACCCGGUGGUCGAUUCGUCGUGUGUGAGCAUGUCCUAAAUAAGAAGAACGUGCUGGCGAGAGCUGUUCAAUAUAUUUACAUGGGUCUCGGGUGGAAACAGUUGAUGGGCGGGUGUGAGUUGACAAGAGACACGAUGGGGACAUUGCUCAAAGUUGCAAAGGAAAAGGAUGGAGAUGGGGGGUGGGAGAGGGUGGAUGUUGAGGAGGUUGAUGGGUUUGGGCCGUUGGUGCAUGUUGUGGGGGUGUUGGUGAAGAAGAAGGAUCAGAGGGGAUGAAGAAAUCCGCGUAGCUUAGGUGAUACGGGAGAAGAUGAGAUGCCGAUACUGGGGGUGGACUGUACGAUGGGGGUUGCAACAUAUUUCUGGUGCUGGGUAUAUGUUUCAUGAUCUUGUGGUGAGGAUGAGUGGGAGCUGAGCUGGGUUGAGUCAUUCCAUUCCUGCUGGACUGAAUCUGAUUUCAUUUGGUCACCACUUCAGGCUCAUUUGUAUCACCUUCUGUCUGCACAGAACAGUGGAGCUGUAUAGUACCAGUAACUGUGACUGGCAUUUGUUAUUCUUAUGACAACUUUACUUGCUCGCUUCGGAGGAUAUGACAACGCAUUAACAUCAAGACAAAUGCUGAGAUCAAAAAGCAGUGAAUGAAUCGAUGAUGGGCACUAGUGUCUUGAUUCUUCAUCA